GCCCGGCCAGCCAUCGAUCGCUGGCUCCGAUCUGCGAGGGAGAUAGGGGAGAGACCAUCGGCGGCCGCCCAUGGAGAAACCCCGCCCGAGAAACUCGGCUCCGGCGACGGCCGAGGCUCAGGGCCAUAAAGGGCCGACGCCGGCUCGACGAGGCACAGUCGCUACCAUGACUUCCUUCAGCAGUGCCGUGUGUCUGGUGGCGCUGCUCGCUGUCGUCGCCUGCCAGGAUGGCGGCUACAAGGAGCCACAGGGCUACUUCCAGUACCUAAACGUGCCUGCCCACAAGCAGUACGAGUUCGGAUGGAAGCGCGGCAACCCGCAUCAUUUCAUCGGACGAUAUGAGCAGGCCAAAGAUCAUCGGUUCCGCACCCGGGUGAACUGGGGCGACUCGAAGGGAGGACACGGUGAGCACUACUUCGAGUACAACCACGCACCCAAGGGCUACGGAGGAGAACACCACGCGCAGGACUACUCGGAGCCGGAGCCCGCCUACGCGCCGGAGCUGCCCGCCUACCCGCCUCUCCCGCACGUGGCGUGAACACGCCCCUCAAUGACGGCAGUGAGCGCCGCGUGAACCCCACCUCAGCCAUAUCAGCACGUGCGGAGAAAACCCAGCCGACGCCUGGCGACGCGCGUGUCCAAGUCGAUGUUACGUGAAGGUUGUUAUUGGAACGUUGAAUGCUGCUGUAGACUGCAUAUCAUGUUUUGAGUUGUAAAUGUGCAGGUCUCGAAUGAAUAUACAUAUGACACAAAAUCUGA